AAUGAAUUGUGGGUAAGCAGCAAACUGCAAGGUCGCACCGGUCAGGAUCUAAGAUGUUACGGCAGUUUACACAUAGAUUGACCAGAGCUGUGGUCCCGGCACUUCGAACAACAGUACAACCAAGGAAGAUAAACCCUGCUGCUUCAUACUGCACAAAUGUUGUAAGUGAGACUGACAGGAAAGCUGAAGCUGAAAAGAUCGCAUCAGCAUCCCAGAAGGCUGCCGACAUAGAUCCUGAUGAUGCUAUAGAAUUACGUUAUCUGAAGCGAUUUGCAAUUGCCUCUGAUAUCUGGGAGGUUGAAGAUGUCAUCAAUGACAUGCAUACACAAGACAGGGUUCCAUUGCCCUCAACAGUUAUUGCCGGACUGGAAGCUUGUCGACGAGUCAAUGACCACAGUUUAGCUAUUAGGUUUAUGGAAUCAGUCAGGUACAAGUCUAAAGCAAACCCUAUACUGUGGGAUUACAUUUCUCAAGAGAUUCAGCCAACAUUGACAAAGCUGAGUAUCAGUACCUUGGAGGAGAUGGGAUACACUGAGCCCGAGCUUGUGUCAGAGAAUCCUGACUACAUGUGGGCUAGGAAAUUCCAGUGGUGAUGCAAAAGAAGAUAGGAGUUUAUCUGUUAAUGUGACAUUUGAUGUAUAGAGAAAGUCACUGCACAGAAUAGGACUUACCAAGUACAGAAUCAGAAGUUUGUAAAAGUUUGUGACUGUGUUAACAAGAUAUGAUUAUAAGUUAAGAUUUCAAA